GUCCGCGGCCGCGCGGUGUGCGCAGUACCGCAGGGCGGAGGCGCGCGUGGCUGCGGCGCUGCUGCAGGGUGCCUCGGACCUCGUCGGCCACCGCGGUCGUGAGCCGUCGAGGCUGGCGCAGGCAAUGGUGAUGGCCCUGUCCGAGCUGGCUG